UCCUCACAAAAUGGCGCUACCGAGGGUGCUAUGUCGCGCUCGUCUUCUCUUAAAUAACGAUAUUUUCGUGGUUUCCAAAUAUUGUUCUUUAGUAAAAACUGUUUCAAUAAAUAAAGCAGUGUAUGUUAGUACUGUGCGACACUUUAGGACACACUUUUCAUCGAGUGUAGUGUUAAAUUCUAGUAAAAAGGAAGAAACCGACCAUAAAGGGUCCCAAUCUUCUUCAUCGUCUUCCUCAUCCUCGGACAGCGACGGGGAUAGUGAUUCGGAAUCAGAAGAAGGUGAUCUUUACCCCGACACAAAAAUCCCCGAUCACGUCAAAAUUACAGAUAAAGACGUGACCGUGGAAUACCACAAAGGACUGCCUCAAAUCACAGUGCCCUUGCCGAGUCGAAAAGAAAGAUGUAAAUUCACGUUAAAACCGAUAACGAAUACCGUGGGGGACUUUCUCGAAAUGUUAAAACGCGAAGAUAAGGGCAUCGACAGGGUGGUGUGCAAAAGCCGCGACGGUACUCGAAUAGCGUCUUCCAAUACGAUAGAGACUUUAUUAGACGACGAUUUUAAGUUAGUUAUAAAUGAUUCUUGUUAUAAUGUUAUGUCGCCGAAACACGAAAGGGUCACGGGAGAGGAAAUUCAAAGACUUAACGACGUGAAAAACUUAGUUAGCCAAUUGUAUGAAGCAAUGCACGUCCAGGAACACCAAUUGUCUAAAGAAAAAGAACUGACAACUCAGCUGGAGACAAUCAAGCAGGAAUUACUGCCUUUAGAACAGGUAAAGAGCGAAAUUGAACUCGUCGCCCAACGAAGAGGAAACUGGCUGGCAUGGGCCGGCUUGGGUUUGAUGUCGGUGCAGUUCGGCAUCUUGGCGAGGCUGACUUGGUGGGAAUACUCGUGGGAUAUUAUGGAACCCGUUACCUAUUUUGUUACUUACGGAACUGCGAUGGCGUGUUACGCCUAUUUUGUACUUACUAAAGAGGAAUACAUUCUACAAGACGUCAGAGACAGACAGCACUUGAUGAUAAUCCACAAGAAAUCGAAGAAAACCGGUUUGGACAUCAACCAGUACAACAUGCUGAAGCAAGAAGCUGCCAGAAUAGAAUACACCCUAAAGAAGUUAAGGAACCCCUUAAAAUUGAAGCUACCUCCCAGACCAGGAAGCAUGGCAGCCACCAUGGCUGGAGCUGGCGUUACUCCUGGUACCAACGUCACUGUAACUCUAGUAGAUAAUCCCGUUAUCCCGCCUAAAAUUGUUGUAGAUCCCAAAGUUACGCCUUUGGUCUCGAAGGAAGAACUAUCCGAGCCUAAGUCCGAGUCCAAGGCUGUUAAGGAUGUGUCCACGAAGAGUUCUGUCCCGGACGAACCUAAGAAAUGAUGAAUAACGUUGCUUAAUACUAAGACUCUGUCUUUCUUCGCUCUUAAUUCUUUGUUUCUAGUUUAUUUAUUGAUUCAUAGAUAUGUAAUUACGAAAAAGAAGAGUUCCGGGAAGUAAGAAAAUAAUAAAUUUGCCGGCACUGGCUUUUUGUACUAAACAUAGUAUUUUAAAUUAUCAAUCUUGGAAAAAAUAUUCUUAAAAAAGGUGUAAUACAUGAACAGAAGUAUUAAAAGCUGUAACGUUUGUUUUUUUUUUUCUAUUCCUCAAUUUUCUUUCAAGAAUUUGUUUCUUUCUUAAAUUUCUGACGUAAUUCUAACAUUGAAUAUGUCCUUUUCUCUUUCCUUUUUAUACUGUACACAAUAUUAAGUUUCAAAUACAGUAUGUACUCUUUGCAUUCUUAUAUUUGUUGCAUCGUUAAAAGUUGUCAACAUCCCAUUGUAAUUGAGAAGUUUUUUAAUGCUUCAAUAAUUUUUCUUCCAAUUUAUUAAUACUGGAACCAGAUGUAUUUUAGACAAGGGUGAGAAUAGAGAGCAAAUGUUUGUUUAAUGGAAACUCUUACACCACAUUUAUAACUACAAAAAUUUAAAAUUUAAAAAAGAAAACUUUUCAGCUUCUAGUUCUCAAAAUCAAAUUUAAACUUUUAUUAAAUCUUCCAGUUUUUUCUGAUAAUUGAAAUUGAAAUUGAUUUCUUUAGUAGCAAAGGAGCAUGGAGCAUGGAGAGACAAGGAUAAUUAUGUGCUCUUGGUUGAUGUCACUACAGUUUUAUUGAAGAUUAAGUGAUACAUGUUAGGACUUCCAUCAUCAAACGUAAGCAAGCCCAAACUAUCACAACCAAGACUUAGUACUUAUUCAGAGAUAUGAAGGUAAAUGUGCUACGACCAAACCAAGGACAACAAACUCUUGAGUAAAUUCAACGUUACUGGCUACCAAUAUCUCACAGUAUCCCACAGUUUGAAGGAUUCUUAGAAGAUGAACAUCACAGCCAUUGAAAAAUCCACCAACAAAUAAAAUAAUAUUAUCAUCACCAAAGACAUGGUCGUCCCAGUAAGACAUGGAUAGAAUGGUGGACGGCACCAAGGAAUAUGCUAGUGAAGAUGAAAAGGAAAAAGCUACCAUCUCCGCUAAGAACAUUCUGGAAUAAUAUUGCUCAUCAACAUAUUUUUUGUCCUGUGUUAAAAGUCUAAAAAGAAGUGCUAAAAAGAAAUUAGAUAUUUAAUAGCAUCCCCUUCACCAAAAUAAAAAUUUCCCCAGAUCUACUGAAAUUGUGACGUCAGCUCCUAUCCUUUACAAGAGACUGGUUGCAAAAUUUCCCCAGACUGGGGAAAUAGAAACUAUUACCACUUGAAAUAUAAAAUAGAUAAAUAACAACAGUUUUUACACACUGAUCGUGUAUUACACUUAUCUAGUAACUGUUUAGUACAAGAAUCCAGUGCCUAGCCAUCACAAUUACUUCUCGGAGGUCGUUUUUACUUAUUGUUACAUUCGUAACGACAGAUAUAACGAAAGCUCAAAUCUUAGAUAAGUGUUAACGAACUCCUGGUACAUACAGCCGCAUACUUAUUCGUUUUUAGAGUUUACUAGCUUCGAAGACACAUGACCAAAUUAUAAGGAUCUGGUUGUUGUAUAUACCAGGAAGAUUAUCUGUUUCUCCUGUUGGAGGAUACAAUCGUUAGUUCAAGAAAAGUUAUAUUUAUUAACUAUGGCUUAAUUUAUAUUAUAAGAUGCUUAUUAGUGAUUUUGUUUUGUCAAGUGAAACAAUUUUGACGAUUCUUUCUUAUGUACCUACAGUGCAAAUGUAUGGAACCUUUGAACUAUUUAAGAUGAGGCUAACAGUAUUUGAAUCAUUUUAGAACAAUUGUAGAAGAUUUUUACAUAGUUUUGCAUACAAUUUUUGGUCCUUCGAGCCGGAUACAAUAGAGUGAGGUAAUUUAGUUAAAUUCUCCAAUUUAUUGCAAUUCAUUGUAAAUAAAGUGAAUAAAUAAUUGUGAAACUUGUGAGUUAUGUUGACUACAAAGUCUUUCCAAAUAUACAUACACUGCGUUGGAGGAAUAUGGUGCGCUAAUCCUUAUUUUCUUUCAUUUAUUAUAAUUAUAUAUUUAUACAUCCGGCUCGAGGGAUCAAAAGAUUUUUUGUAAAACACUUCUUAAAUUGUUAAUGAACAACUGAGACUUACAUAAAUAACAUUUCUUUAUUUGUGAAUGAUUCAACUGUUAAAUAUAAAGGUUGUUUUAUGUGUGUUGUGCAAUAUGAUCUAUGCUUAUGUGAUAUUUGUAUUGUUGUAAAAUAAUCAAUUUUUCCUAUAAUAAAGGAACUUUUUUCUUUUUAAUUGAAUGAUCCUUAACAUUUUACGAUUUUAAGUUAUUCUGAUUGAUAUUGCCUAUUCCUAAAGUAUUCAUGACAUUUGUCUAACGAUCUCUUGUUCCAAAGCAAUUUCAAUAGUUUUAUGUAAUCAUUUUGGUCUUCAGCAUUGUUAAGCCCUCUGUAAUUCGUUCUUCCUCAAGCCAUUAACGAAUAAAUCCACUGCUAAUCACACUGCUAAUACACAAGACCAUCAGCUUCAAAUUCCUGCAAAUUCAAUCGUUCUAUAGAUCUGCACAUUGUAUAUAUGUCCAUAUUUGUUGGGAAUAACGAUCUCAAUGGACUUUCCAUCCACUCCAUGGCUCUACAGUCCAAUUUGAGGCAUGGGUUCCCUCACCAAACAUCUGGAUCUUGUACACCAUGUGCCAUUGCCCUUUGUACACAACGUCGAUCUCAUGUAGAGGGCCAGCUAUUGUGUAUUGUGGUCUUAAAGAGAAGACACCAAGUGGCACAGGAUGGCAUAAAAGCUGACCAUCAAAUUAUGGACGUACCCAAUAAACUUGGCUAUUCUCGAAUUUAAGAUAAAAGACAGAUAGUACAAAACAAAGUACCAAAAUACUUAAUAUAUUAACAGAUACAACGACAUCACAUUUGUUCAAAAUUGUUUCAUUCAGUAAUGUAUUUUGUAAAUCUCUCAUAAUAUUAGUAGAAAAAUGUUCAAUGAGCAAAUCCAAUUCUAGCGUUUUCUCUCAUUUUGAAACGAUUUGUAGAUAACACUGUAAUGAUUGAUCCGUCCUCGUUGUAAAAUUAUAGUGAACAUGUAAGAGGAUUGUUAAAUUGGUAUUAGGUAUAUUUCUUUUGGAAGUUCUUGCGGUAUUUUUAUUCAUUUCAACGCAGGGUUUUAUUAAACAAAUUGAAAAUAAAUGAAACCAAAUUUAUUAUAAAUGCAAUUAUUAAUCUUACAACUAGCUCAUAAAUGUCUAAGCUGGAGCAUACAAAUUCAAAGAGAUUUUUCAGCGCUGCCUCUUUGUCUAUAAUUUCUGUACGACUGAAUCUGUUCGAUUUUUAAACAAAAACGUAAAAUUACCGAUUACUCCGAUCCAAAAACUAAAACGAUAACUUUUGACUUUAAAACCUUGAGUUGACAUGUUUUUUUUUGUAUGUUUAGCCUUUCGUAGAGGCAUCGCUGAUAUAAAAUAUACCCUCUGUCAGUUAUAUUGGAAAUUGUAUCAUCUAUUACCAUGGUAAAGCUUGUAUUUUCAGUUCGUCACGUACCUCAGCUAUAUAAAUCGAAAAAAGCAGUAUUCACGUUUUUCUACCUACGUAUUAUAGAAAAUACUGUAAAAAAUUAAAUGUGUAACAAUUGAAUAAUUCAAAAUAGUGUUUAUAAGUCAAUUUGUUUUAAUAAAACCCUCGAAACCACAGCAAAGGCAGAGAUUUUCCAUUAUGUGACAGGAUGUUGACAUUUUAUGUUUUUUUUUUCUAAACAAAAAGACUUUUUAAUACUUUAAUAAUUAGAAUUUCUUUAAAAUUUACUUUAGCUUGUGAAAAAUGUAAUUUAGUUUGAAAAUGAAAAUGUUACAGGGAAAUUAAGUUACUGAAGGACUUUUUUAGUGCUUUUCAAAAAAGUGCUUUGAUUAAAGUAUAUACAGUGAUGAGCACGUUAAUAACGCAAACGAUGGAAAACAUAAUACAUUAUAAAAUAAAAAGAAAUGAAACUAGUAGAGGUGGAAAUUAUAUCGAUAUAUAAGUAUAAAUUAACAUUACAUAUAUAGUUCCCCACCUUUAGACGUCUGUGACAUGAGUAUUUUAUAUAAUUCUCCUAUCACAGUGAUAGUUGUCAUACUCCUCCGAUACGUCUGUGGCGACACGCUUUAAUUACUAUUUUUGCUAAUUUUAAUUUUUAAUAACUUUUCUCAAAACGAAAUAAUGUGGGUCAUAUAAAAUUCACAUUUAAUAUACAAACCAGAUGCUAAGAAUGGCCCGUUAAGUUUUACGAAACGAAAUCCCUAACCAGAUGUUUUUGGUGUGUUCAGUUUAACAAACUGGAUUCCCCAUAAAUUAAUUACCUUAUCAGACCUUAUUCCAAUAACUCACUCUGGAAAUGCAUUCGAAGACGUUUCUUAAAUCUUAAAACUGCAGAAAUGUUUUAACUUUUAAACGCCCUAUCUAAAUAAUUUAUCGCCUUUCUGGCCAGAUGGUAGAAACACAAACAUAUUAGCGUUUGUGGUAUUUUUCAGCCACGGCACUCGAGAUACAACCACGGGUCGUUUCACACACUCGCAGCAGGCGUCGGUCGGUCAACAAACUCUCGCUGGGCCAAACAAUCAAACCCUUUUACGAGAUGAAUAAGCACGGAACAUGUUUAAAGGUGGGAAACUAUGUAAUGUUAAUUUAUACGUUUAUAUCGAUAAUUUCCACCUCUACUAGUUUCAUCUCUGUUUACUUCAUGUAUUAUGUUUUCCAUCUUUGCGUUAUUUUGCCGGUUAUUAGCGUGCUCAUCACUGUAAGUAAACAUAUCAGAUGUACAUACAAGUUUAGAGCCCAUUAACAUCAAAUUUAGGUCAUCAUCAUCAUCAGUGGCGUCACAGCCCUUUAUGAGCCAAAGUAUUCUUCAGAACAAUCCUACAUUUACUCCUGUCUCUGGCAACUCUUCUCCAUGCUCUAAUUCCAAUAGAUUUUAAAUUAUUCUCUAAGUUGUCUUGAUACCUAAGUCUCGGUUUUUCUAUUACUCGUCGUCCUAUCGGCCCUCUUCGGUCAAAAACUUUUCUGACUGUGACAUCUUCCUCUCGCCUGAUUACAUGCCCUAUCCAUCUAAGGCCAUCUAAAUUUAGGUCAUCCCCAUCGAAUUAUUCAAUAUGUACGAUUCAGCUAGUACAUGUGUGAAAUUGUGAAUACAAUCUCAAGAUUGUAUGAUUGUGGACUGUAAUUAGGAUUGCUAGGUUCAAAUGGGAAUAAAAAAUAUAAGGUUUUAUACAGACAAUAUUCAUAUGUAUAAUAAAGUCUUACCAAGUUGUGAAACGUUGUAGAUCACUAGAGCCGUGGUCACACACGAAUUGAAUUUUGAUUGCCGCGCUGAUGUAUGCCGUCACUCGUGAAUUAUGUUCGUGAAUACUGUUCGUGCACGUAUUGCUUUUGUUUUUUUCGGUUAACGGUUGAGAGUAACAAAGAGAUUGAUGAGAUGAACCGUCAAGAGAUAAGCGGUACCGACUUGAUCCGUCGAAAGAUCGUGGCGAAGAGAGGUCGCACCCUCACGUGUGGCGAGAGGUACGAGAGAGAAGCUCACCCUUUUGCGGGUGUAGGAGAAGAGAGAAAAUUCUCAAUCGCAAAUUGUCCAAAUAUUGUCUGUCUGUAAGGGUGAGGAGAGAGGGUAAAAAAUAGGAGGGAUGAAAUGGUACUAUUGAACAGGGCUGGCUUGAGAUUUAUUUAAAGUUAAGGGUUUUAAUAAGAGAUUAAACACAGUAAAAAAUACAAUAAUAUUUUUGACAUGUGAAAAUUGAACACUAUCUAUAUAAGGAUUUUUACAGCUAUCGUUGCCUUCCUUCUUUCAGCCAACGUCUCAAGUCCUUUCUGUUCUGGCAUUCUCCAUCUCUAAAGUCUUGUCUUUCCAUGGCCUCGUCUACUUCAUCCCUCCAUGAUCUUCGAGGUCUGCCUCUUCUUUUCUUUCCUAUUGGGCUCCAAUCUGUAAUCUUUGAUAUUCACCUUGUACGAUCUGCUAUUCUUUUCUCACAUGUCCAUCGAAUUUUUGUUGGUUUUUUUAUAGCGGUAGAGGAAAACGUUUUCUUCCACUAUAUCUACAAUAGCUCUUCAGAUUCCUCUAUUCCUGCAUUUAUAGUAUGUAUUUUGUUUUUUUUUCUCUCUUUUUCUGAAGGAUAUUCUGUUAAUGUUCAUUCUAUUGUCUCAAUCUUGUUUUUUUUUACUUAAUAGCAGUUUUCUUUAGAAAAAAUAGAAUCAGUGAUACGGGUACGAUUGUAUUGGCAUUUUUAAACAGUUGAGUGUGUUUUUAUUAAAAAAAAUCAGGUGCCCCCUCUAUUUUAUGCCAUUUUUCAUUAUCCACUUUUUAUUAAUUAUACUUAUGUCCAUUUUAUAGUAUAUCAGGAGUUUGUUCUCGUCUGAUUUUCCUUUCGGCCUUUUAGUUUGUUGUUUGAUUCUGACUAAUUUUCCAGUUUCACCCCAUUGCUCUUUAAACUAUCAAUGUCUCACCUUAGUUAACAAAGUCAACUUUAGCCUUUCGUAACAAUGAAAUAUACGCCCCUGUGAUUGCCCAUUAAUAGUUGCAAAUGACUAAUUUUACCACUCAAUCAGAAUGUUCUAAAAAGCUUACCGAAAUGUACAUUUUAGCACAGUAAAAAUAUUUCAAGAUCAAAAAUGUGCGAAGAAGUUACCCUUCCUUCAUAUUGUUUGUACAUUAAAGAAAAGUUCACUCUAGUAAACAUUUAUUGAUGCAUUAAAACCAUUUUAGUCGCAGACUGUGAUGACCUAAAACUUUUAUUCGUCCGAGAGACUCGGACGAAUAAAAGUAUUGACCAUAAAAUCCUGAGUAAAUUACAUUAACCUCCAACUAGAAACAUAAACUGGUCCAUUUUUAAAUCUAUUUAGUUCAAGUUACAUCUGUUUAAAAUGCACAUAAGUACUUAAACACUGAUAUAAAACCACUGUUAACGGUUUGAUAUUUGACCCUAAAAGUUUCUAUUUCCACUGCCAUUAUUCUUUCAAUUGCCUCUUUUAAUUGCGAUAAAACUGUGUCGGCGCUACUGAACUUAUAACUCGGCAGUAAAGGGUAUUAAUAUCGCAAGUUUAUGGAAAAUCUCUGUCGAGAUUGUCAUAAAAAAAUAAGUUAAAUUGAUGUUGUUCCAAGAACGAUGAAUUUGUCCAAAACCAAAAAAGAGAAAUAUAACUCUUAAUACAUAGUGAUUCAGUAAAACGGUACGAUUUGGCAACGCUACUGACGAUAAAAUAGAGGGGCCGCGGGCUUGCGACGUAAACGUUGUGAAUCUAGAGAAUGGGAAGUUUUGUUAUCAUGGAGACGUGAUCGGGUGAACAACGCGCAUUUGUUGUGAAAGCUUAUUACAAAAAUGGUGAAAGUUUUGUGCGUGUACAACGAUCGUUUCGUUUACACUUUCAUUUGCCGCCCACGCUGCAGUUCCGUCUAACAUGGCUUUAAGGCUUGGGUUAGGAACUUUAAAAGUCGUGUCAAAGACGUAACAGUGUCAGAAAUGCUCGCACACCACAGAAUAUUGAAGCGGUGCGAACUUCUGACACUGCCACCUCUUUUCUGUGAUGUUGAACCACUACUUUCAAAGUUCCUAACCCAAGGCUUUAAGCCAUGUUAGACGGAACUGCAGCGUGGGGCGGCAAAUGGAAGUGUAAAUGAAACGCUCGUUGUACGCGCACAAAACUUUCACCAUUUUUAUAAUAAGCUUUCACAGCAAAUGCGCGUUGUUCACCCAAUCACGUUUCCAUGUCCAUGACAACUAAACUUCCCACUCUCUAGAUUCACAACGUUUACGUCGCAAGCUCGCGGCUCCUCUAUUUUAUCGUCAGCAGCGUUGUCAAAUCGUACCGUUACACUGAAUCACCUGUUAUUUCUAAGUAUUAAUCUAAAAAGAAGAGUUCCUAAGUAUUUUCAUUUUAAAGAAAAAAUUUGCUGCAAAACGGUUGAUCAAAGAAUUUGGAUUUGUUAUUAUUUGAUAAAUUUUAUUUUUAAGGUACUUGUUUUAGUAAUUAAUGUUAAUGGAUUGUUUCUUUAAUUGUUAAGUGUUCUUAUUCUCCACUUUUACUUUCGCUGAAUCUGUUCCCAACAAAAAAAUGUUCAAUAUUUUAAAUAAUUGCAUAAUAAUUAUUACAGUUUGGUUCCGAAGUAUCAAAGUUUUCCCUUAUAUUAUGCAACUUACAGUUCUUCAUUUCAUUGGUGCCAAUUUUCAUUAUUUUCCUUAACUAACAUCAAAUUUUUGGAAACGUUAAAUAAAAAUCAAAUACUUUCAGACUUUUCUGACAGAGGUAAAAUUCUUUCUGAUAUAUUAUUUUUAGUUUGAAAAAUUUUCUCUCUGUCAUUGUAAUUUUUACAAAAUUUACAACCAAUUAAACAAUUUACCAAUAAAUUAAAAUAUUGAAUGAAUUAUUAUUUUGUCAUGAUUGUUCUAUUUGUCUUGUUCUGUUUUGUCCCUAUUUACAAUUUUAUAUUGAGUAAUUAUUUAAUGGUUGGAGAAUUUUAAACUCUAACAAUAUAAGGUUAAUUAAGUUAAGUUAUAAGUACCUAAUCGGUUAAGAAUAUUUUAAAAAAAGUUGUUUCUAAAGGAAUAAUUUUCAAGAAUUUGGGUUUUUUUAAUCUAUUUUAAAAAUCUUUAUAUAUGCUGGGAAUAGGUUCAACUUAUAAGAAUAAAUGUACAGUUUUAGUUAUUAAAUUUAGUAAUUUUAGUAUAUUUUCGGUAAUAAUAAAAAUUACAGGGUGUCCAAAAGUAUGUCGGCGGUUUGUAAGUUGAAUAAAAUAUUAAAUAUAAAUAAUUAAGUAAACUUUUAUGUUUUCGUUAACAGUUAUUGGUGUGUACAUUUAUUUAGAAACAAAAUUGUGUAAGUACCGACAAUUACAAUGCUACUAGUCUAUAAUUUCAAAAGAAAAUUGCUAAAAACUGCACUCGCUUGAAAUCUCUCCUCAAUUUAGUCUCUGACUCGAUACAAACAAUAUCAAUCUUUAUAAUUCCAAGAUUUUUUCUCUCAGCUCGAUAUCUUGUGCAAAAUUCAUACAAACCGGCUACUCGUUCCAGACAGAAAACUGGAAUCUAUUAGGACACGAGGAGAUUUCACUUCUCGACUCGAUCACGAUUUCGUCUCAACAGAAAUCUGCUUACACGGCCACCAAAUUAACUACUUUACACAAAAUCACUACUUUCCAAACUCGACUGGUCUCUUCAGAUCUUAAUUACACAGUAAAUCUUUUUCCCUCAUCAAACUCAGACUCGACCAUUCUAUUUUCCCUCCAUCGGUCUCUUUCGCCAAUCACAAGCAUUCUCUCAACAUUACCUCCCUACUUUCAUUUCUUAAGAACAAAUAGUGUUGUAUACAAAUUUUCUGUCUUGUCAAAUUUCCAGGAGAUAUUAAAAUUAACUUCUUUCUUAUAUCUUAGAAAAAACCCUCUAUUCUAAAACUAAACAAAUUUGUUUACCGUCGUUGCUUUCGAGGAAACCAUUUAGAAAUUUUCUAUUGUUCACUCCAACCGCUAAUACACUUUCUAAAACCGAUCGUAAUUUAGUUCCAUUGUUUUGAAUUGUUAAGUCCGUUCGUAGAAUCUUUAUCACUACACUUUUCCUCUUUACCACGAAACACUGCUUACGACUAAUUAUAUUAUUUACAAAUUUUGGCUAUAUACAGGGCGAUGAAAAUUUAUGAUCUCGUGGUCUUUGCAUUAAAAUUAAUUCUCUAAAUUUUCCCCAUAAAAAUUAUUUAAUAAUACAUUGUUUACGAGAUUAUUGCCAUUUUUACCAUCACGAAAUUUUUCUGGAAAAUGGUCAAGAGGACUGAGAUCCUUACUCCCACAAGGCUGGUUAGAGUGCCUCUAUGAGAAAUCUCUUUUUGCGGGAAUUGUAUAAUAAUUCAUUUUUCUGAACAGUUGUCAGUAUGUCAAGUUGCCCCAGUCUUCUUCAUCUUGCGAAUCGAAAACAAAUUGGUUCAUCUCAAGUUAAUUUUAUUUUCUCUUUGGCUAUGAUUUCUUGGUCGUGUGUAAUUGAAUGGUUUGGUUAAAAUUGGUCAUUAUCCUUCAUUGAGGCUGAGUUGCCUAUUGACGUUGGUAAUAAUAUUUUGUUGGUUAGUUUCAAGUGGUUUGAUAGCAGUGAGUGGCCAGAAGUGACUUUCCCUACGCCAAAUCAUCGUCAUAGAGUCUUAUUAUUUCCUUAACCUUCCGAUGGCCAACCUUUUUUUGUUACACGGAGGACCAACUGGGGUAAAAAAUGACCCCAGGUCAAAAAUGACCUGGAAUUAAUGUUUUCAGCAUUUAAAUCUUCAUCUAAUAAUACAUCCUCGUUUUCUAAUACUAUUUCAUCUUCUAUAUCAUCAUAAAAAUCGCUAGCAGUAACAAUUUCCUGUAACUCAGUCUCAGUAAGAUAUUUGCGGGCCAUAUCUUAUAUGUACACAAAAUACUAAGAAACUAUAAUAAUAUACGCCAGAAAAUAAUAAUAAUGACUAACUGUAGCAGACAGGAAUGUCAUGAUUCUUACAUAACAGGCACCACAGUCUAAAAAUAGAUAUUGAUAACGUGCUGUGUAAAACUACUUGGAAUUCCACAUAAUAGACGGUAUUUUACUAAACAUCAACUUCAGAAUAUAUUUUUUAUUCGUAAAAUAUAGGGAAUUUUUUUUAUUUCAAAAUAUGAGGAUAUCUAGAAUGAUAUUAAAGUCAAAUAAAAAAAUAAUGAGUUAAAAAUUGAAAAUACUUUAAAAUUUAUUAGAGAAAAACAUACCCUGUGGUCCAACUUUACCCCCCUUGGUCAUCCGAAGGUUAAACAAACAUAAAAUUGCUUACUCGAGUAUUAUUAUAUCGUAACUUCACCAAGUCUUCACGAAGUACGGAAUGAUGACUUUAACAGAAGAACAAACCCUGAAACUAUUUUUGGACACCUUAUAAAUAUUAGGAUUUUUGUCAAAUUUAAAAUAUUGAAUUAUUUGAAGAAUAAACCAAUUUGAAAAUACAUACUUUCGUUAACUGCAAAUAGUUUACAAUUUUACAUAUUAAAUUAACUUGAUCUGUACAUGAUUCACGCCGCACAAAUGCUCACUACAAUUGAUUCUAUUUUCUUUAUCCUUUAGUGUCUAGUUUUUUCUACAUAGAUCACAAAUCACCUACCUCUAGAUGCUUCACGACAACGCUUUAUUUGAAUAUGUAAUUCAGCGCUCCAAGAGUUUUGUAUCGGAACUGAUCCAAGCGGGAAAUUACGCGGGAAUUUUAAAGUGUAUUUCAGUGGGAAAAUUUAAAUAUAGCUUAAAAUAUCUAAAUAUAAUGUGGCAUAGUUGGAAAAAAAUUGCAUUUGAAAUUUUAAAAUGUGCAAAUCUCAACUAAAACAAAAAGUUAAUAUAAUAAUUUAUACCAUGAUUCACUUCAAGUAAAAAAUAAUUUUUAUUGAUUACAUAUUAGGGCUACUUACUUUCUGUUACAUUUGCUUCCGCACAAAAUGGUAAACGUUAAAGGUAACAAUAACUGACUAUAAUAAAAUAGGUUGUUGUGAAUGGAAUGAACGUCCCUCUACUAGGGGUUGGAUAUCAGGAAUACACUAAAUACUCAUACUAUGUUUAUUUAAUCACUAUAUACGCUAGUAACGAGUUGGUGGACAAAGUCUAUAUUCUAACUACAUUGAUGUCUAAAUAAUGAAUGAUGAAUAAUGAAUGAUCCCUUUCUUUACUUUCUACGUAUCUAUAAAUAAAUCCUGAUUGUUUGUUGUGAUUUCAUUCUUGAAUGUGACCGUGAAUUACUAAUAGUAGGUACAUAAUUUCUGACUCCGUUGUUUUUCAAAACGAGUGGCCUACAUUGCAGAAGCAAUGUCACCUAAUUUACGAAAUCAAAACAAUGCAUGUAAAUAAUAUUUGUUUGAGACUUUUAAAAAUUAAAUCGAUAUGGAUUACUCUUAUUUUUUGAAUGCUAAUAUAAAUCCUGUACAUCCCUAUCCCUUACAAGAAAAAGUUUCUGAGAGAUGUACUUUAUUUUCUCUGCCCUUCUGACUAAGAAGAAAAUUUUUCUAGACAGCGUCACCAACUAGUUACUGUGUUUUAAAGAUUUAUACAAAUUUUUACACAAAAGUAUUUACAAAAAGUAUUUGCAAAUAUAAUAUACACAACUUAUUUCACUAGUCCUCAAAAUAUUGUCUAUUCUUACUUAUCGCUUUUUUUAAUCUCGCAAAAAUCUAUACUCAGAAAUUGUAAUCUAUAUUUUACCUUUUCUCAGAUUAAAAAAAAAAAUAUAACUUGUAACUCCUACAUUUGAAUUACUUUUUAAUUAUACUUCUUUCACUUUUAAAACAGUUAUUUUGAUUUUUUCACCUUUUACAUAUUCUUCUAUUAAAAAUUUCUCCUUUUUUCUUCCUCUUCUUCUUGUCCGGUACUUUACUAAUACAUAUUUUUCAUUUUCUUUAUACUUAGCACUUUCUUCGUAGUGUACUUUCUUCUUCUUCAUAUUUCUUCAUUAUAUCAUAUACUUCAUAUUUAAUAUAUAUCUUCUUUCUUAUAUUCAUAUCGUUUUUCAUAAUUCUUCAUUUUCUAACCCUUACCUACUCGGUGGGUAGUUUUCCGCAACUUUAAAUCCUUAAAAUUACUUCCGGUCCUUUUGCACGUCCUUAGUCGUGGGAAGGUUUGUUCCAAAAAGACAAAAUGUAUAUUUGUGCGCUUAAAAAAAUCUUCUACAUCUUGCAUCCCUAAAUUCCUGUCUUGAUGAGAGUCGGUUAGUUUCAAAACACGAAAUGGACAUGCUAAAAUCUUCUUAUCUUCAUUUCGUACCUUUUUCCUUGACAAGAGUGUUUUUUAUUGUUUAUAUUGUCUUUAAUUAACUUUGCUACUAAUAUAUUUAAAAAAAAUCAUUUGUCUCCUUAAUUCAUCAUAAAACAUUAAAACAAUCAUAUUUAUAUUAAAAGUCGACAGUAUUAAAAACAUUGAGAUCUUAUUGUCGGUAUUAAAAAAAUACAGCAUUCAAUUAUGAAAAAAAAAAUGACAAUUAUAAAUAUAAACUACAGAGUUAGCGACAUCAAGAGAUUUGUAUCGGUACUAGAAAUGACAUUUACUUUAGUAUAACCUAGAACUACUUGCGUGAAACGUCUAGGAUUAGUGGUUUGUGAUAUAGAUGUUUUAAUGAUAAUUUCGGUGCUCUUAUUCAAAAGAAAAACAAGAAAGACAAGAAAAGUGAAAGACACAAAUGAAGAAUCUCGUUUGCCUCUUGUUCAAAGCUUUAAUGAUAAUGUUAACGCACUUUUUCGCACUUGUAAAAUUGAAGCACUUAGCUGUGAUUUUAAUUGUGAGAUAUACAAUAAAUGCAUGUUUCUUACGAGCUUCAAAUAAAAUCAUACUGUAGAUCUACAUUCUUAUUAAUAAAGUUACUACAUACACUUCGUUCCGAUUGAUUCUUUCUAAGCGUUUUCGGGAUAUGGGACGAUUGCGCCGAUUUUACGCGAGGUCCGUUCAGCUGAGGGCACGAUUGCGCCGUACUAAUUAAGUUGGCUCCUAAUCCCUGGGUAUGAUUGCGCCGCUUGUCGUGAUGUAUAGUAUCUUCCUUGUUGUGACUGUACUACCUUACCGUAAUGCAUUAAUAAACGAAUUAGAUUAAGUAUAAAAUUAAACAAAUGAACGAACAUAUAAGAAUAUACACUUACACUUACGGACCUAUAUCUAACCUAAUUAAUUUAAUUAAAUCUGCAUUUUACACGGUAGUGAAAUAAAGCUGAUUUUAUAAAAUCGAAUCUACUUAUUUCACCGCCUAUACAGGGUGUCCCCGAAAAUAGUGCGUUCGUUUAAGGUAUGGAUAUAAUACAUAAUUUAGAACAAAAAAGUCCUUUUUUUUCAUUUUCAAAACAUUUUUUUCUAAAAUUAACCGUUUCCAAGAAAAAAAUUACAUUGUUCUCCAUAUAAGUGAAUUUUUAUUUUCAUAAAUUUGAAUGACAUGGCAACGUAACCUAGAAGAACUUGCUGUGACUGUGGAAGUUUAACCUAAUAACCCCUUGUUUAUUUACUUUGCAAAAUAAUGGAUAUGGGUUUAGUUGAUAUUUACAUUAUUUUACCUACCAGAUGCAACUGACCUACAAACCUACUUUUUUAAUCUUCAGAUUUUUGAGUUGCAAGUUGUUGCCAGACUUCAAUUUGCAUAUCAAAAUGUAUUUUCGUUUUUUGGUCAAACGGAUCAAUUUAGAAAAAAAUGUUAUAAGACUUUUUUGCUCUACAUUGUGACUUCUACCUAUACCUUUAAGAAACGCACUAUUUUCGGGGGCACCCUGUAUAUUUUCAAUUAAUGCUCAUAAUAUCUUUAAACGUUCUUUAUAUUUUAUGCUCAAAUUUUUUUUGAGAGAUGAAUACUAUUAUUUAGUUGAACGUAAACGUUGACUUGAUUCUGUAUUAAAAUAUGUAUAAAGUGCAAAAUAUUAGAAUGGAAGUAAUAAAAACUUCGUCCCAUACCCGAGGAUUAAAUCUACCACCGGCGCGAUCGUGCCUACAGCUUAAAGGACCCUUUAUCGAGACCGGAUUAUAGCAGAUAAUAUCGGCACAAUCGUCCCCUGUCCGUUUUCGGGCUCUGAUGUUUAUUGGAGUCGGUAAAGUUUGUAAGCAACAACGAUUGGUCAGGUGAACAGAAAAUAUGAUAAGUUUUUGAUCGUACAAUUUUCUUUAUAUAAGAUUUACAUAUUUUAGCGUAUAUUUAGUUUAUUUAUAAGAUUAAUUUAUUCAAUAUUCUAAAAAACAGACAGAAAACUACAGAGGUAUAAACUUGUUAAAUAAAAUAACCUUUCGGGUUAAGUUAAAUAAUACCUCUUUAAAACCUACCAAAUUUCAUUUGCUUAUCUCAACCGGUUUUAGAGCAAUAAAUAAAUCGUCAGCUUGUAAGAAAAAAAUUCAACGUCCCGUAUUUCGAAAACGAAGCAUUUGAGGACAUAUUUUAUAAAGCAAACGGUCAUUAUUUAUCCAUGCAGAAUUACCCCUUAAAGUUUGUCGCACUUCUUUAGAAACACCCUGUAUUGAUGAAGAACGUGGCUAGCUGUUAAAGAACCUAACUUUUUAUUAUCCAACAUAAGCGAAUGAAUAAAAAAACAGAAUGUAAGAAAACCGGAGGCUAUAGUUGGGUUUUAAUUUCAGUAUUUUAUAAAUGCUAGAAUAUUCCACAGAGUGUGGUGAACUUUGAGAAAAAAACACAGUUUGAUUGCUACACCCGGUAUCCCAGGCAACCAAACGACGUUUUAUAACGUAGAUAAGACGUAAUAAAAAUGACCAAUUGACGUGUUUCUAUGACGUAGUACUGACGUUGAAAAUCACGUGUAUUUGUCUCAUCGAUUUGACGUCAUAAUUGUGACGAUUUUAAAACGUCAAAAAAAUGACGACUUUUACACGUCGCCGUCGGUAAAAUCACGUCUGUGAUACUUUCAAAAAGUGACCUCUUUCUCUUUCAGAUGUUUCAAAAUAGUAUAAAAAAUAGGUAACAUGAAAAUGUAGGCUAAAAAUUAAUUUAAUUAAACUCGAUAACACAUGAUUAGUUCAUUAACAGAAAAUAAACAUAACCUCAAAUAGUUGACAAGAAGAAUUACUGCAUUAAACUAACUCACUUAGCAAAAGCAAAUAAAAAUCUCUUAUUUAACACGUUUCGUCAACUAAAUAUCUCAAUGAAAAGUCUUAUUUCAAAAGUCAAAACAAAUAAGCUUUUUAAGCCCCUCCCAAUUUUGUGACGUCAGACUUAGGCUGUCUGAAAUGAAAACGUCUUUUAACCGUAUUUUAACGUCAUUAAUCUUACGUAUUUAAAAUCACCUACAAAAGACGUCUAUAUGACGUAAUGUUCAAACACUUGAAUAUAUUCAACCAAAACUGACGUUUCCUCGACGUUAUAUGACGUCACUUGGUUGCCUGGGAUACAAUGACAAUUUACCUGUCUAGCAACAAUACUAUUACAGCCAUAGUGUUAAAGAAUAAAAUAUUAAAAAAAAACACUUAAAUCAAACAACAGGUUUAGGAAAUUCGAGACAUCAAAAAUUACCCAUUUUGUGGGUGGCCCGUUUUCUCUGACGCGCAACGUAAUUUUAAAAAAGUUAAACAAAAUAAGUUAUUAGUCGAAGUAGAACAGAACACGACAAUAAAUAUCGUUCCCAUACCACUAGAUUGACAACAGGUGGAAUACUUUCUUUGGUUACAUGUACAUGUCGAUGUACUUCGAUUGAUAACUUAUUUUGUUUUUCGGUAGAUGGCUCUAGUUCAUCCGCGACAUUUCGUUCUUUGCAAUUCGGAAAAGCCCAAAGAUACCUCGGGAAAUUGGAGAGAAGAGGAUAUGGGACUACUGAUGAGGAGGAAAAAAACCCCGAAACCGGUAUAAACUCUUCCUGCACUCUCCGAUUUAACCAGAGUAUUAUGCAGCUGCUGCAUUUUCGUGUUGCAAAGAAAUUGAAAAUGUUUAUACAUUUUAAAAAAGUUAACUUUUCUGUACAUCCUCGCCAACCGUUGUUUUUUAAAACCCUAAGUACUGUAUAAUAAAGCUUAAGUAGACAUUUUUCGGACUAUAUCCUUUACAUUUACUAUUAAAUAGAGAAAAUAGUGCCAAACAUCUUAUGCUACUUUUAUAUCUUCUCUACAAAUUUUAUAACUAUUGAUUCAUUGAUAGGUAGGAAGUGAAUACGAAUAGAGGAAACACUGGGUACUUAAGACACCAAUUUAGGCUACAAUUCUAUAUAUUUUAGGCCAAUCUGGCGAUACUUUAGUACGUUUUUAGUAAUUGUUUUACUUGCGAGAAAGAAAUGUUCGAUUAUAAUAGUUUACUGACAUUCUUAGGUAUCGAACUAUAGUAAGUUGAAGAAAUAAUAUUUGGGUUUUAAGUCAUUUCUCGAGUUGUUCUAAAUAUAUACAUCAGUAUCAAAAAUAGGGCACAAUAAAUGCAGACCCAAGGAUCUUAAAGAUAAUAUGGUAAAAACUAUUACCUACCUAAAAAGCACGCCAAAUAUACCGCAUAGACUCAACCGGGGUUCCAUUUUUUGUUACUUUUCCUAAUGACCGUCUGGAGAUGUAACUAUGAGAAGAAUAAAACAUUUUGCAAGGUUUAGAGUAUUGUUCUCUCUAAAUAAAAUUAAACUACACUACUCCAAGAAAUGAACGCACUAAAAACUCGAAUAUUUGGGUCACCGGAUGAGAGGACAUAAAUACGUAUAGCUUCAAAAUAUAAUGCAAAGAAAAAUAGAAGGAAAACGGAAUCCAGGCCGUAGAAGAGUGUUAUGGUUGCGGAAUGUGAGAGAGUGGUUCGGCUGCACCAUUAAUGAACUCUUUAGGUCAGCUGUAAGCAAGGUCAGGAUAGCAUUGAUGAUUUCCAUUAUCCGAUACGAGUGGCACAAGAUGAAGAAGAAAUUUCACAACCUAUCAUUUAAGGUUUUGCUUGAUGGUGUGGAGAGGUUGACAAUAUUUAUCAUAUGAAUACUUAUAUUUUAGUAAUUGAACAUUUCUUAUCUUUACAAGACAUCGCUUUACAAUGUAUUAAUUAUACAGUGAUGAGCGCGCUAAUAACCGGCAAAAUAGCGCAAAAGAUGGAGAACAUAAUACAUUGCGAAACAAAAAGAGAUGAAACUAGUGGAGGUGGAAACGAUCGUUAUAAACGUAUAAAUUAUUAUUACAUUACAUAGUUUCCCACCUUUAGACUUCUGUGAAAGGAGUAUUUUAUAAAAUUCUACUGUCACAAUGACAGUUGUCAUACUCCUCUGAUACGUCCAAAGGUGGGAAACUAUGUAAUGUAAUGUUAAUUUAUACGUUUAUAACGAUCAUUUCCAUCUCCACUAGUUUUAUCUCUCUUUGUUUCGCAAUGUAUUAUGUUUUCCAUCUUUUGCGCUAUUUUGCCGGUUAUUAGCGCGCUCAUCACUGUAUACGAAAACACAGGUUUUCAUGAAAAAUAUGGUUAUUCUAUUUUUAUGAAGGUAUCAGUGGUUUUCCUUAAUACCCUGUAAAAAUAGAGCCAACCACUGGCACUGGUUGACUGUCCUCAAAAGGCAAAAAAGGUAUAUAGUACGUUCUUUAAAGGUAAAAUAUUGCAAAACCUCUAAAUUUUAAAGAACUGCUUGGAUUGACAUGAAAUUUGGCAUAAACAUAACUAACAAAUCAAACAAAAAAAAAUGAUAUUGUGCCGAUGUGUGCUUUUGCCCUAGGGGUGAGUUUCACCCCCUUUUGGGGGUGAAAAAUAUAUGUUCGAAAUAAGUCCAGAAAUGGAUAAAAUGACUAAUUCUAAGCAACUUUUGUUCUAUGCUUUUUCUCAUGAGGAUCUUUCAGUGCGUCACAGUUUUUCGAUUUCUUUCUAACGCGUUAAAUUGCAUGUGACAGAAGAAAACGCACGUCGGUGAUUACAUUUCGUCGGUGACAUUUACAACAUUUAUUCUAGUUGUCAAUAGAUGGCGCUAUAAUCGAAAUAAAAAUUAUUUUCGAAUUAUAUAAUAUAUCUAGGAAUAUAAUCUGUAGAAUUUAUAAGACUAUACAAAUCAAAGAAAAUACCAUUUUAUAAAUGCAAUUAACAGAAUUGAUUUGUUUUUAUGCCAAAUUGCAAAUAAAAUUUGACAACUGUCAGAUUUAACUAAAAUGUCAUGUCACUAAAAUGUAUAUUAUCACGGACUUACCUUUUUUUCUAUCAUUUGUGACGCACUGAAAAAUGCUCAUGAAAAGAAGCAUAUAAAGUUUUUUCACCAAGUUAAUACUUUUCGAGUUAUUUGCGAGUGAAUAUGUUAAUUUUUCUACAAAAUAACCACGUUUUCAGACGGUUUUUCGCAAAUAACUCAAAAAGUAAGUAUUUGGUGGAAAAAAAUUCUUAUCAAAAAUAUAGCACAUAAAAAAGUGAAAAACUUGGUGUAUAUAUUAGGUCACUGUACCUAGUAGAAGCAGAGUUAUAGCUAAUGAAAAAUAGGUUCAUAUUCGUCAAAUUCCAAAUCGUAUAUUUUAACGUGCCAUAACCAAAAAACGAAGCACUUUUUUGGGAAAAACUCUAUUUAACUUUUUUAAAGUGUUUAAAAUGCUUAUUUUUGUUUUUUUUUUAAUUUUUUAGCAUCAAAAGUAAACAAGUUACGCUCAAAAUAAAGUUGGUCCCUUUUUUUUGGUAAGAAAUCGGGAAAAUCACCCCCUAAUUAGCAUUUCAAAUGAACUUAAUUUUUAUCACUUCACAAGUUUAUUACUCGCGUAUGUAUUGAUCAUACGAUCUGUAAGUUUCAUCAGUUCAAAGUCCUUAUUUUUGAAAGAGCUGUAGUUAAAAGGGCUUGAACGAGUCACUUAUCACUAGUAUAUGCAAAUUUAGAAACACCGAAUCUUGACCAAUUUUUUGUCGUACAGAAAAACAAAAAAAUACAAAAUAUUCAGAAAAGUAAAGCCGACUUUUUUUUAUUGUUUAAGACUUUUGGUAUCUCUAACAAUUUUUAAGAUAUUUUGAAAAAAAAGCAUUUUUUUUCAAAAUUUAAAUUUUUAAAAAUUUUACUUUAAAACCAAAUUUUUUUAAAAAUACGCACUUUGAAUCGAUGAAACUUACAGAUCAUAUAAACACAACAUAAGUAAAGUAACUUGUAAAGCGGUAACGAUUAAUUUUAUUUAAGUUGCUAAUUGGGGAGUGAUCUUCCUGAUUUUAUUUGAAAAAACAAAAGGGACCAACUUUAUUUUGAGCGUAACUUGCUUACAUUUGAUGCUAGAAAUUUUUUUUUAUAAAAACAGAAAUAAAGCUUUUUAACACUUUAAAAUAAAGUUGUAAUGUGUUUUCCCCAAGAAUGCGUUAUUAUUUGGAUAUUUCACAUUGAAUUAUCUAUUUGGAAUUUUUCGAAUAUGAACCUAUUUUUCAUUAGCUAUAACUCUGCUUUUGCUAGGUAUAGAGACCUUAUAUAUACACCGUUUUUUUUAUCUUUUUUAUAGGCUAUAUAUAGUUUUGCUAAGAAUAUUUUUUUCGACAAAAUGCUUACGUUUUGAGUUAUUUGCGAAAAACCGUCUAAAAACGUGGUUAUUUUGUUGAAAAAUGAACAUAUUCACUUGCAAAUAACUCGAAAAGUAUUGAUUUGGUGAAAAAAAAAUUUAGAACAAAAGUUGCUUAACAUUAGUCAGUUUAUCUAUUUCGGGACUUAACUUGAACAUAUAUUUUUUCACCCCCCAGAUGGGGUGAAACUCACCCUCAGGGCAAAAGCACACAUCGGCACCAUAUCACUUUUUUCUAUGACGUGUUAGCUAUGCGUAUGCCAAAUUUCAUGUCAAUCCAAGCGGUUCUUUAAAAUUUACAGCAAAAACCGUGAAAGAAUUAUAUUAAAAACGACCCUUUCGGUCUACAUCACAGAACAUUUUCGGAAUAAAAAUAAUUCCAUCAUCAGAGCUGCUUACAGAUAUACAAACAUGUUUUGAGUCACCAAAAAUAUCUGGGUGACAACCCUUUAAAUGGUAUAAAGUUAUUAUAAAAUUGCAUUUUUGUAUAAAAUAUUGUGUGAUGUUUGAACUGGUCCUUGAUUUUACAUCAUGGCAACGUAGAACUCCCCAUAAUAUGGAUUGCUGGUCCCGAAGGCAAAACCUCACUAUUUGGAUUCUAAGAUAGCAACUUUAGUAGUUGUAAACUCUAGUAAAAAUAGCAAAUUUAGUAGUUGUAAACUCUAGUAACAAAGCACAAAUCCGUAGUUUAUCAACAUUAAAUUUUUACAUUUUACAUUUUGGCGAUAACUUUGUACUAAAUUCGAUAAAGUCUGGCACAUAUGUGAAUACAGAGAAAAUUAUGACGACUCAAUGACACUCUGCAGUUAUUUAAUAUUUUUACACUUUUAAAUUUUGCCUUUUUGUCGACAGUCUGAUGCGAAAUUUUCUAUUUUUUACAACUAGAUUUAAAAAAAUUAAUCAACUCGAUGAAUUUACAAGCUUUUGUAGCAUAGAGGAUAUUUCUUAGUCUUGUAUGUUUAUAUUAUUCUAAAGUCUAUUUUAUUACUACAAAGAAUUCGUUUAGAUAAUGGUAUAAACUUUUGAAGUAAUGUUUUGAAUCUACAAGAACUAUUUACUAGAUAAUUUAUCAUCUGGAUAUGUCUGAAUUAAAAGAUAUCAUAAUCAUACUCUUUACUCGAAAUAUAUACUUCUUCUUGAUUUUCUGUGACUUUAUAACAUUAGUGUCCCAAUAAUUUAAAAGAACAUUUGAUUGAUUUGGUUCUUGUUGUUUUCUAGAAAAACAAACAACAUUACAAACCAGAAUUCAGAACGUUUAUACCUGCAUCUACUAUUUUUUACUCUUUGAAUUUUAUCCAUUGUCCUAGAAAUUAGUGUAUGUGUUCUAUUAUGUAAAUAUCUAAAAAAAAGUGUUUCUAUUUCUAUUAAAAAUAUUUUCGCUAUACUUGAGUGUUACGCGGUAUAUUAUUUUUGCGAAUAAUUGUAUUUUUCUUGUUCAGAUGUUAAAGAAGAAACCAACAAUGUACAUUGUUUGUAAAUAAUUUUAGCCACAUAUUCCUAUAUUGUAAUAUAUACAUUUGUUGCAAUAA